AGCAAGUUCUCACGUUGCCAUGUCGGAGACCGCUCCCGCUGAGACUGCUGCCCCGGCGCCGGUGGAGAAGUCCCCGGCCAAAAAGAAGGCAGCGAAGAAAGCUGGCGCUGGAGCAGCCAAGCGCAAGGCGACCGGACCACCGGUCUCCGAGCUGAUCACAAAGGCUGUGGCUGCUUCCAAGGAGCGCAAUGGCCUCUCUCUGGCCGCGCUCAAGAAAGCCUUAGCCGCUGGUGGCUACGACGUGGAGAAGAACAACAGCCGCAUCAAGCUGGGUCUGAAGAGCCUGGUGAGCAAAGGCACCCUGGUGCAGACCAAGGGCACCGGCGCCUCCGGCUCCUUCAAACUCAACAAGAAGGCUGCCUCCGGGGAGGCCAAGCCCAAGGCCAAGAAGGCGGGCGCGGCUAAGCCUAAGAAGGCAGCGGGUGCCACGCCGAAGAAGCCCAAGAAGGCUGCUGGAGCCAAGAAGACAGUUAAGAAAACUCCUAAGAAAGCGAAGAAGCCUGCGGCGGCUGGUGUAAAAAAAGUAGCCAAGAGUCCGAAAAAGGCUAAAGCUCCUGCCAAGCCGAAGAAGGCAGCUAAGAGCCCCGCCAAACCUAAGGCAGUGAAGCCGAAGGCUGCCAAGCCCAAAGCUGCGAAGCCGAAGACGGCAAAGCCCAAGGCUGCUAAGGCCAAGAAGGCGGCUCCCAAGAAGAAGUAAGAAGUCGGCCUGUGGCAUG